AUGUUUCGAGACGUUCAAAGAUGUGUAAGAACACAAGAACAUACGUUUGAAUGGUUUGAACAAGAUAGGACAGGACCGAGCACUGUGUACCGAGCACCGGUGUAUCAGAAGAGAUUCUCUUUCAUUCCUGGGCACAAAUCAACCACUCCAAUGUUCGGUGAUUCAAGAUAUGGAUUACCACCACGUUCGAACUUCAAUAAGUUUGUUCGAAGCCAAAAGCGAGCAACAGCAGAUGUCUUCUGCUACUCGUCUGCCGAUACAGAGGACACGUCUCGUGUCAAUACACAGUCUCUUGUCUGGGGAACAAGAUACUGCCGGAAAUACGUAAAUCAACCCGAUCCAUUGGAAGCACAGUUACUACUAUCAUUGAAAGUUGUGCUUCAAAUAAAAGAAAUCAUAACAAAAGACACAUUGAAAUGGUGUAAUGAUGAUCUGGAAGGAGCUGAAGAUGCUACUGAUAAUGCAUCAGUUAAUAACUCGAGUAAUGCCAUUGACAGAGAUGAUGUAGAACGAAUAGGCAAGGGUGACGACAAGGAUGUUAACCUAUCAGAUAAUGACUCAAGUGGUGACAAUAACAGAAAUAGAGAUGAUGUAGAAGGAAAUGACAUGAGUGAUGAAAACCUAUCAUGUAAUGAUGACCCAGUUGAUGACAAUGACAGUGAUGAAAUAGAACGAAUGCAUUAUGACAAUAACAAAGACGAUGUUGAACGACAUGCCAUGAGUGAUGAAAUUGAUGAAAAUCUAUCAGCUAAUGACUCAAGUGGUGAAAAUGACAGAGAUGAUAUAGAACGAAAUUCUAGAAAUGACGAAAAAGAUAAAAACCUGUCUGAUAAUUAUGCACGUGAUGACAAUGACAAAGAUUAUGUAGAACGAAAUGGUGACAGUGACGAAAAAGAUGAAAACCUGUCUGAUAAUGACGAAAGUGAUGACAAUGACAGAGAUGAUGAAGAACGACAUGACAUGAGUGAUGAAAAUGAUGAAAACCUAUCAGGUAAUAAUGACAGAGAUGAAGAAUGUCGAUGGAAAUGA